AUAAAUACCAGCCACAUGUGUGUUUGUGCUGAGGAGCACACUGGCUCUACUGGUUUGGGAAUUACCAAGGAACUACAGCCAUUUUACUCAAGCAACUUCCUCUGAAAGGACUUUUCUUGGACUAACACAUGGACACACAUACAGAAGAUGAGUUUUAUCAGUCGGAGGAUGACUUGGAUGAAGAUGAAGCAACGCAGUAUAUAAUUGAACAAAGUCUGAUUCAAUAUAGAAAACUUAAAGGACUGAAUCCAAGAGAUCUGAAACCGAGUGAAGACCCUGAUGAGAUUUUCAAAGCUAUCAAGGAAGGUGAUGAGGGUGCGCUGAACAGACUAACGAUGCAACCUGAGACUCUGUCCAGAGUUGAUGAACGAGGAUGGAUCCCCCUGCAUGAAGCUGCAGUUCAGGAGAAAAAAAGAAUAAUGGAAAUAGUCUUCUCAGCAUCACCUCCAGGAGCAGCUCAGUGUCGCACUUUAAAGGGUGAGACGCCUCUGUUUCUUGCGGUGGUCCAUGGGCUCAGAGAGAAUGCUACAUUCCUGUUGCAGAAUGGUUCUAGCCCAGAUGUUCAGAACGAUGAGGAGGAUUGUCCACUAGUGGCAGCAAUUCUGAAUGACCAGUAUGACUUGGCCACACUUUUGCUUCGUUGCAAUGCCAAUGUUGACCAACCAGGACCUCUGAACCGGACGGCUUUGCAUGAGUCUGCCUUUUUAGGUUUGGAGAACUUUGUGUACCUGCUGUUGGAGUCAGGUGCCAACCCAAAUGCACUUGACAUUAAAAACAAAACUCCACUGUCUCUGGCUGCACAGAAUGGACAUCUGAAUGUGGUGGACAUUUUAUUACAAAAAGGAGCCCAUGUGUGGUCGGAGUCAGACUCAGGAAGCGUUUUGUUUGAUGCAGCAGCAUCAGGAAACCCUGACAUAAUCUCCUUGCUGCUGGACCAUGGAGCAGAUCCCAACCUUCCUCUUUACAGCGGGCACCUGCCAAUUCACCGCGUGGCAUAUCACGGACACAGACUGGCGCUGGAGGUCUUGAUCCCAGUGACGAAGCUGAAUGCGGUGAAGGAAAGCGGGAUGAGUCCUCUCCACUCAGCAGCAGCCGGGGGACACGCCCAUUGUGUGGAGACUCUGCUCAAGGCCGGCUACGACCCAAACUUCAUGCUGCACCCAAAGGUGCGCAAGGGUUACGACGAUGAGCGCAGGUCUGCCCUCUUUUUUGCCGUCUCCAACAACGACCUCCAGUCUGCGCGCCUGCUGUUGGAGGCCGGGGCGAUGGUCAACCAGGAUCCUAUAAACUGCCUGCAAAUGGCUCUCAGACAGGGCAACUAUGAACUUAUCAACACCCUGCUGAAACAUGGGGCAAAUGUCAACUAUUACUCCCGCGUCAACACCACUCACUUCCCCUCAGCACUACAGUACGCCUUGAAGGACGAGGUUAUGCUCAGAAUGAUUCUGAACCACGGCUAUGAUGUUAAACGCUGUUUUGACUGCCCAUAUGGGGACAAUUCCCAUGACUACGCUCCUUGGACGACCUCAGUCAUCAAAGACAUGGUGUUUUGUGAAGUGAUAACAGUGUCAUGGCUGACGCACCUAUCUGCUCAGGUGGUGCGCAUCAUGCUGGACUACACUGACCAUGUCUCCUUCUGCCCCAAACUUAAGGACACCUUACAGGAGCAGACUAAGUGGACGGAAAUCUGCCACAUUCAAGGAAACGCACGGAGCCUGAAGCACCUGUGUCGGUUGCGGAUAAGAGAGCAUCUCAGUCUGCUACGCCUGAGAGCCCCAGUUUUUAUCAACUUCCUUCCUCUUCCUCCCAGGCUGAAAGAUUACUUGCGCUUUAGGGAAUUUGAUGUUUACAGCAGGGGCAGCGGGGUUAACCUCGAGUGAAAACAUGUUAAAAGAAGUCCCAGAUACAGUUGUUGUGUAAGCAAAAAUAUGUGCCAUUAGUUCCCAUUAGCUUUACGAUUUAUUGGAUAUUUUGAAAACAGUAUUUUUAAGUACUUUAUGUCUUGCCGUGUUAUUUUUAGAAAAACUGUAUACUUGCAACAUCUGACCUUUUAUACAAUAGACCCAUUAUCAGCUUAUACUCUCUUUACAUAUGUUUAAAGGUGUUUAAUGAACUGGAUUUAGUUGGUUUGGCCUUGUUUUCCCUACCUCUUGCAACUUUUUAUGUGAACAUUUGUUGAAAUGUGUUUAUGCUGCCAUGAUGGCAAAGAUUCCCUGAAAGAGGAGAUACUAUAUCACAAAGAAACCAUUGUUUGUAAUGCAAAUACUUCAUGGUAUGCCCUACUCUUUAUUAUGAGGACUUAUUUUUUCACGGGGAUUUUUAAUGAAACUAUUUUAGAAGAAAGCAGAGAAUGACCAACAUAGAUGAGACAGUCUCUGUUUGCCGCCACCGUGUGGUAGAAUGAAGGAAUGGGAGAUUACAAAAGUAUAACAGGGGAAGUUUCCAUCCAUCGUGACGGUUUAAUGAUUCAUAUUAUCCCUUACCACAUCAGUGUUUCGGGCAUACAUGUGGUGAAAUAUGCCUUAAUCGGUUGUGUUAGAAAUUCAAACCGAUGCAUUAAGAUAUUUGAAUUGUUUGUAUUUGAAGUAGAGCAUUCGGUGUCAUGACAAUAUUUUUUACAUUGGAAUGUAACCCAUUUCUUAUCCCUAAUAUAGUUAUAGUAAAGUGUGAG